AUGAAGCUUGACCCAAGCCAAAUCCAAGUGACCACUUCAGGGAAGUCGACGAUCCAAAACGCGCAGCCCUCGCGUCCUUCUCGACGCGCUCCGAUGCAAAUGUGCUUCAACGCUGGCGACCUGGGCGAAGUUUGCUGCUGCAACACGGAUUUCUGCAAUUCGGCCCGAUUCCACAAGUCCUUUCUCUUAUUUCCUGUUUUGAUCUACUUUCUUGUCAGUUUGACGUGA